CCACCACCACCACCGCCACCACCAUAGCAAACAGACUCAGAUUUUGCAUUCGAGUAUGCAUUCUCUUGUGAGCUGCUUUUGCUUGAAGAAAGCUGGACAUCCAGCACCUGGGACCAAGGAGCAUGCCAUUCUUGCUUCUGAGACGGCUUUUACUGUGAAUGAAGUAGAAGCUUUGUACAGUUUGUAUGAAAUAUUAAGCAGUUCCAUAAUUGAUGAUGGUCUUAUUCAACGGGAAGAGUUCCAGCUUGCACUUUUCGACAACAGCAGUAUGCAGAGUCUCUUUGCAGACAGAUUGUUUGAUUUGUUUGAUCUUAAGCAUAAUGGGGUCAUUGAAUUUGGAGAAUUUGUUCGAUCGUUAAACAUCUUCCAUCCAAAUGCUCCUGAAGCAGAUAAAAUCGAAUUUUUAUUUAGAAUGUUCGAUCUGAGGCACACUGGCUACAUAGAGCGUGAUGAGUUGAAGGAGAUGGUUUUGGCUUUUCUAACAGAAUCAGAUUUACCGCUUUCCAAUGAUGUUGUUGAAGCCAUAGUGGAUAAGACAAUCCUAGAGGUAGAUCUAAAAGGAGAUGGAAGGAUUGAUCAAGAAGAGUGGAAGGAAUUGGUGGCAAGGAAUCCAUCUCUUAUAAAGAACAUGACUCUUCCAUAUCUAAAGGAAUUAACUAUAGCAUUUCCAAGCUUUGUGCUGACCACCCAAGUCCUAGAUUCGGAACUAGCUUACUACAGAGAUCACCAGGUGGUAUGAACUUGGACUUUUAGGUGCUGAACUCAUCUCGAAACAUUCCUGUUGGAGAUCUUGGCAUGUAAUAAUUGCACUUCUAGACACAGCAAAGACACAAACGGGUGCCAAUGAAGCACUGCCUAUAAAUAGGAUCAAGUCCAUAGUCCAUUUGUCGUCCAACUUUUGAAAAGGGCAUUCCUCAAUGUUUAAUACUGUGGGUUUAAAUUACUAAUUGCAGCCUAGCUUUUGAAUCAGAUAUAUC